ACACCGGAGACUGCAAGAAUCACACACGAUAAACUAUGCAGUCGUAUUAGGACCAAGCUGAGCGAACACGAUCGAAAAAAAGGCUUCAUAUACGUUUUCCGGGAUGAAAAUCGUAAAGAGGAUGUCUGGAAAAUCGGCGUCACCGAGCGCGUGUACAAUGAACGAAUGGAAGAACACAUUAACUGUUGCAAGCUUAAACCAGUCGUCGCCCACGUGUCGGCCCAAGUGAUUCAAAACUGCAAUCUCUUGGAAAGGCUCAUACAUCGCGAUUUGUGUUAUGAGGUGAGGUAUCGCUCCUGUCCCAACAAAACAAAGGGACAUAACGAGUGGUUUGCAGUCUCAAAAGAUAUGGCGGUCGAGACUGCGAAGAAGUGGGAGCGUUUUAUACACGAGGGAAAGCCGUAUGAUUCGCAAGGGAAUCUCAACGUCGUGUGGAGUUAUGUGCUGGAGCAACGGUCCCCAGCGGCUCUUGACGUACACAACAUGUCUCAUGAUGCUCGACACGAGCAAUGGGCUGCUAUCCUUGCACCCCCAACGUACAGCGACUACUUCCAUGCCUACUUAGCAUAUGCACGUUCUGAGCUUAAAGCCACCUACGAUUGGGUGUACAUGUUCUUCUGGCAAUUGUCGACAAUACUGUAUAGCUUGCAUACGCUCGCGUUGUGUAAGAAUCGCCCAGCGUUUUAUGCGCUUGUCUUUGUGCUUGGAUGCGCUGUGUUGCCGAACUUUCGGCUUCAGUCCACUGAGAAACAAAAGGUUAGCUCGCCCAAGAAA